CCCACGUGUACAGCCAUGUACCUACAUGACGAGGGUACUAGAUGAAGCAGAAAAACGUUAGGAUCUACUAUCGUCACAACUAGCAGCCCAAUAGAGAAGUAAUAAGAGAGGGAAGACUAGGAUUCUAGAAGGUCUCGAGUUCUGGCUUGCGUUAAUUCUCAGCUCACAGGCCUAUACAAAUAGCUGAGUACCUCAUCUCUCGCUACCCCCCACCAAUGGCGACAACGUCGCAACACCUCCUGCUCUCGCCUGCCGAGCUCGCCUACCUUCACAGUACUCUGAGCCUCACGCCACCGCUACGUCCUGAUGGACGUACAGCGACGCAAUUUCGGCCGCUGACGGCUGAGACGGGCAUCCUCCCAGGCACCAAUGGCAGCGCGCGGAUAUGUUUCGCGGACGGAACCGAGGCCGUUGUGGGCGUGAAGGCCGAAGUCGAGAAAACUGUGGGCAUGAGCAUAUCUGGCGAGGACAACUCCUCGCGAUCGCGGAGGCGGAAGCAAGGGAAAAACAAGGGGAACCAAUCUACGACUUUAUCAACAACAGAAGAUGAUGGCGAGGCCGAAGAUGGAGAAGCAGAGACAGCAUCGUUGGCCGAGCGGCGCGGCGAGAAUGACUGGCUUGAGUUGACCGUUGAGAUCCCCGGGUAUCGCGACGAUGAUAGUGGCACGGUGUUUCUUGCGACUAUGUUGAGCGAGGCGUUACUAGCCGACGGCGAGCUAACCAAAAAGUUAUGGAUCAAUCGCCGGUUUCACUGGAAGUUAUAUUUAGACAUCAUACUCAUCUCCCCGCCCCUCUCAUACCCUCUCCCCCUCCUAUCCUUAACAACACAUCUCGCCCUCCUCGCCACACGUCUCCCGCGGUUAAAGUCGGAAGGUGACGAGGACCCCAUGUUCGACGACGACUGGGCCGCAUCGCAAUUCAUAUACCCUCGCGCCGGCUCCUCCUCUCCCUCAACAGCAUCGACUACCUCGCGGCCCCCCAUAACCCUCCUCGUCAUGGCCGUAGGGGAUAACGUUAUCUUCGAUCCUGCGAAAGAGGAAUUAGCAGUAGCCGAUUGUGCACUCGCGGUCUCAGUGGGAGAGGGGAUAGAGGACGACGCAAAGACAGCAAUGGAUAUGGAUAUAGACGCAGACACGAAAACUGGCGCACGGGUUCUACGUCUGUUAUCCGUGCGCACCAUCGAUCCACCCUCGCGACUGACGGCCCCAGGCGUCCCAAACGCUGUCAAUGCCGCGGCGUGGGGUCAAGGAGGCAAUGGUAAUGCCGCGAAGGAGAUGGGGCUGCGGGCUGCCGAGACGGGCGAUGUGGAAGGUGUGUGGAAGGCGCCGAGAGGCGGGUCGAAGAUUGGUAUCAUAAGCACCAUGGUGGAGAAAAUAUUGGAAAAAGGAGGUGUUGCGGAUGAAGUUUUGGAGGGUUUGGACGGUGUUGAAGUAGCAUAGCAUAGCAUUGUUGCGCUCGUCUGUCUACGGUGCUGUCAUGAUACCACGAAUCAACGUCUACGAAGUAAAAUAUAAAUAGAAUAAAGUAAUGCACAUGCGUGCAGUUCUUGUUAGAUA